AUUCUGCUUUAUUUCUGUGAAAAAACUCGAUGGAAACAUCUUCACAAAGCUGCUUUUGUUCCAUUGAAAUGCCUGCUUUGUUUGCUACCUCGCGUACUUUCAGUCGACGAUCUUCCAGUACCGUUUUGUCGAUUUCCUUCAACAUUUGUGGAGUCGUCACCUCAUUUGGUCGACCGCUACUUUGCUAGUCUUCGUAGGUCGUAUGGUCUCGUCUAAACUUUGCUACACAAUAUUAAAAACGAAAGAGCAGUCUCACCACGAGGUAAAACUGUAUAGACUGUGUACUUUCUAACACAGUGUAAUUUUUCAAACAAUUAUCGCCAUCUCUAGGUGAGGCCAGGUACUUCGGUCUACAAAUUCACUGAAAACGUUCACUAAUGAUGAUUGCCAAACAAUUAUCGUCAUAUCUGGGUCAGGCCAGGUACUUCGGUCUACAAAUUCACUGAUAACGUUCACUAAUGAUGACUGCCAAACAAUUAUCGCCAUCUCUAGGUCAGGGCAGGUACUUCGGUCUACAAAUUCACUGAAAACAUUCACUAUUGUUGACUGCCAAACAAUUAUCGCCAUCUCUAGGUCAGGCCAGGUACUGCGGUCUACAAAUUCACUGAAAACGUUCACUAAUGAUGGCUGCCAAACAAAAGCUCCAUCAAGCUAGCAGUCAGAUAUUCGGAAAAAUUAAAAAAAAAUUUAUGAAUCGAAAGGAUUUUCAAUGCUCGUUCUGAAAAUCCAAACCCCGAAUUUUCUCGUUGAUUCAAUAAAAAGAUAUUAACGGUCGUUUUGAUGUUCUCUCAAAAGUCACGUUUCCUAAUGCACUUUCAAUGUUUAAUUAACUUUUUAUUACACAAACAUGCACUACCAAAUUCAUUUUUUACUUCAAAUAUCAGUUUGACAUGCUAUACUUUGCAUCUAACGGCGCCGAUGACUUCUAAUACAACUACUGCCAUCUCUAGGUCAGACCAGGUACUUCUAGGAUCGUCCGUACCGAUUGCGUACUUUUUAAUAAUACACUGUCCUCGUAUAUUCGAAUCUUGUCACCUUUAACAUCUGGCCUGUACUGCUUUACGCAUUUAUGUAUACCAAUUAAAAAAAUUACAUUACAAUUAAAAGCUAUAAAUGUUUAUUAAUUCUACGCUAGGCUACAUAUUAAAAAUGAUGUUUGUGUCGGAAAGAACAUUGUUAAUAGUAAUUUUAUUACUUUAUCGGAUAGUUAAUAGUUCGCAGUCACGUUGUAAAUAUGAAAAUGAACAGUUUUCUUGUGAAAAUAUCAUAUUACAAGAUUUCUACAAAGAAUUAUUCAGCGAGGAAUGGAAUUUUAUGUUAACUACAGUUUCGUCGAUAGAAAUCUCGAAUUCUAACCUCACAAUUAUCGAAUACUUGUAUAAAACAAGUCGUUUGGGUAACAUUGAAAAUUUGGCGAUUAAAAAUAGCUCGGUGGGGAUAAUCUACAACUCAUCUUUCAACGAUUUCGAACAUCUGAAGAUACUCGAUUUGGGUUUUAAUAAAUUGCGAUCCGUAAGUUUUUCGGAAAGUCUACCUAACACUAUAAGUCAUCUUCUAUUGAACAACAACAACAUAACUAAUGUUUCGUUGAAUUUUCUACGUUUACCUUUAUUGAAAUAUUUAGAUUUAAGUUAUAACAAAAUUAAAAACAUCGAAUUUGGACAAAUAAAUCAAUUAUACGAUAUUAAUUUAAGCAACAACGAAAUUAUUUCAUUGGAAUCGUUCCAGUUAAUUCAACAUUUAGUUCGUUUAAAUUUAGGUUCUAAUAGAAUUGACACAUUCGAAGAAAAUCGGAUGCCAAUAGGAAUCGAAUCGUUAGAUUUAAGCUACAAUAAUUUAAGUUCAAUAAGUUUAUUGUACGGGAAAAAAUAUUUGAAUUUAGCUGGAUGUAAAUUAGAUACAUUCCAUGCUAAAAUACCGAUAAGUUACUUAAAUUUGAAACGAAAUAAGUUUCACAACUUAUCUAAUUUAACGUUAAGUUUGAAGAAAAAUUUUAAUUUUAACUUUGUAUUAUCAUUGGAUGUAUCUAAUUCUUCGAUUUACGAAAUAACCGAAAAUUAUUUUAACGAUAUGCAGUUUGAAGUACUCAAUUUGAGUUUGAAUAGAAUCGAAGUUAUUCGUGAAAAUACUUUCACGAAUUGCGGUAUUUUUUUAUUAGAUUUGUCCGAAUCGAAAAUCGGUUUACUACAAAAGUAUAGUUUUAAUAACGUUUUUAUGAACACACUGUAUAUGAUGCGAAAUAAUAUAUCCACUUUAGAUAAUUUUAGCUAUGAAACCGAAGUUUUUACUAUUAAUUUAUCUUUUAAUCCUAUUAAGUUUAUUAAAAAUAAUUAUUUUAAAAAUUGUAAAAAUCUUAUGAGAUUGAUUUUGUCGCAAUGUCAUGUUCAUAAUAUUGAACCGAAUUCUUUUACUACUACAUUGAAAUUUUUAGAUCUAACUUUUAAUAAAUUAAAUGUUUUAGACGAAAAUAUAUUUGGUUGGAAUAUUGAUGAAAUAAAUUUGAAAGGAAACGCGAUUUCUAGGAUAAAAAAAGGAUCUUUUAGUAAUUUGUAUAGUCUCAAUCGAUUAAAUUUAUCAAAUUUAGGAAUUAAAUAUAUAGAAUCAUUCGCGUUUACAAAUUUAUCCAAAAUUCGAGAAAUUUAUUUAGAUAAUAACGAAAUAAAUAGAAUAAACGCGAAUUUAUUCACGAAUACUGAUAAAUUGAUAAAAAUCGAUUUUUCCGAUAAUCCGAUUAACGAGGUUAAACAAUUUUCGAAUAAACUAAAAUUAUUAGAUGUUACAUUAACUUUUAACGGCGAUUUCGAAUCUGAAUCUAUAUCGAAUUUUAAUAUAAAAAAAUUGAUUAUAAAAAAUUCGAAUAUAACAACUUUAAAAACCGAUAGUUUUAGAGGUUUAUUCGGUUUAUCUGAGUUAUAUUUUAACAAUUCUUCAAUUUUUUCAGUAGAAACUGGAGCUUUGAAUGAUUUAAUCAAUUUAAUACAUUUAGACGCACAUAAUUUAUUUAAAAAUAUCAAAUUUAUAGAUAAAAAUAUUUUAAACGAUUUAAAAUCUUUAACGAAACUCAAUUUAUCUAAUACAAAUUUGGAUUAUUUACAUUCUUAUUGUUUCCAAGGGUUAAAUAAACUUGAAUUAUUAAAUUUAAGUAGAAACCGUAUCAGUGUUUUGAAAUCCGAUACUUUUUUCGGUCUAAUCGCUUUACGACAUUUAGAUUUAACAAAAAAUCAAUUAUCGACUCUAGUUUCGGGUGUUUUCAAUAGUUUAAUUAACUUAAAAAAGUUAUACAUGGAGAAUAAUAACUUGAAACUAUUAGAAACUAAUAUUUUUACGAGUUUACGAGAUUUGGAAAUCUUGGAUGUUUCUAAAAACAAAUUAAAAAUUUUACAGAACGGUUGUUUCCAAGGAUUAGAUCGACUUUCAGAAUUAAAUUUAGCUAAUAAUAAUAUAGAACACGUCGAUAUAAGUUUGUUUAAACCUUUAAAAUAUUUAAAAAUAUUGAAUAUGAAUAACAACAAUCUUGGUUUGAAUGGAUCCUCUCAUAAUUCUUUGGCAAUAAAUACAUUAUCGAGUUUAAUCGAUCUAGAAAUUUUAGAUUUGACUUAUAAUUUUUUGAGUAAUUUAAAUACAAAAUUUGUAUUCAUGUCUUUGAGGAAACUAACUCAUUUAUAUUUGGAUCAUAACUAUUUGAAAUUCUUAGAUUUCGAUAGCUUGUUAAAGAAUUCGAAACGUCUCGUUUAUGUUGGCGUAUCUUAUAAUUUGUGGAAUUGUACUAUUUUGGCCAACGUCGUUGAAAUUUUGUACAGUCACAACGUAAAUUAUUAUCCUAAUGAACCAGUUUUCGAUGCUGAUAACAUUGAAGGAAUAAAUUGUGUCGAUAUUUGUAGAUACUUAUAUUGUGAUACAGAAUUCAAUUAGAUAACGAAAUGUUACAAGGUCUGGUUAUUAAAUUAUUCUAUAUUCGAAUGCUCCCCUUCAAUAUACUCCCAUCUCCUCACCACACACACCUUUCCAUACGUUUUUUCCAUUGAUCGAAGCAGCACUGGAAGUCUUCUUUGGUGAAAGUCUUUAGAAGCUCUACGGAUUUUUGAUUUAACGCUUCCAUCGACUCAAAUCGGGUCCCUUUCAAAGCAGAUCUUUUUCUAAACUUUCAAGAAAAUCCGAGCAGACCUUUUGACGCCAGAGCUUUUGGUAAGGAGUCAGUUUUUUGGCUUUUGUCAUGUGUAAAAUUUUUCUAACCGUUUCUUUAUCAUUCAGAUGCUCAUUCUACGAUCAGCACGCACAAUUUGGUUGAUUUUGGUCACUGUUUUACUCGUUUUAGGCGCUCAGUCUCGUUAUUUAAUAGGCAGACCUCGUAUAAGAUAGGAACCAGCGGUAAAAAACGUUAAAACUGUGGAAUUUUGUUAAUCAACGUCGAUUUUUAUGAAAAUUUGGAUAUAAACUCUAAUUACUCCAAAAUCUACCUUGUACCGAAUGGUGCGUUUUAUUUUUUAGGGGUGAAAACUAUCCCUUAACGUAAAAAAUAUAAAAAUCUUCGAUUUUAGCAUGUAUUUGAGUGAAAUGCAGUUUAAAUGAAUUAUUUGUAGAUCUGUUGAUAUUCUUAAACAAGUUUAUGAUUAAUCGGAGUCAUGCAACCCCUCCAAAAAUCAUCCUCUAAGGGUAGUAAUAUUGAAAGUUUUUUUUUAAAGAAACUUAUUAUAAUCUCGAUUUUCAUGAAAAUUUGAAUUCAAGCUCUACUUACCCUCUUCUACGAAAUCUUCCCUGUGCCGAAGCGAACUUUUUAUAUUUUGGGGGUGUAAACUAACCCUUAAUACAAAAAAAUUUAAAAUCUCAGAUUUUGUGCAUGUUUCCGGUGAAAUAAAGUUUAAAUGUAUUACUCGUAAAUCUUUUGACAUUCUCAAAUACCUUUAUGAUCAAUCAGAUUAAUGGAACCCCUCCAAAUCAUCCCCUAAUCAUAUGAAAAGUUAAAAAAUAAUCUCAACGAUUUUAUUAUAAAUAAAAAAUUACUGAAAAGUGUAAUUAUAUUGAAUAUUUCGGCAAUAUUAUUAAGAAGUGUUGCUUUUUAAAUAUUUCAACCCUUAUGAAACCCACCUUCAAUGACAAUGACAAAUUCCACAAAAAUAACAAAAAAAUAAAGAUAUUUUUAAAAUCAAUAUUUCUCGAUUGUACGCUCCACGUUUUUCUUUUUCCAAUGCUCCAAAAUUCGUGCUCCGAAAUUUUGAAAAAAAAGCAGUUGGUUUUUCGACAAUAACUCGCUCGAUUUUCAAGCUAGAAACUUUUUUAAAAAAGCAUUUUGUAGGAGAUUUCAAGUACUUCAACUUCAUAUCAAUUAAAACUUUUGUUAACCCUCGGUUUCAAAAAGGGUUUAACUCAAAGGGGUUGCAUAAGGUUGGUACGCGAAUGCAAACUUUGAACUAAUGUUCAAAUAUUUGAAAUAUUUUCUCAUAACAUGAAUAGUUUUUAGUUUAUUUAAGAAAAUUUCGUUUGUUUUUUCAAGAUUACGGAAAUACAAUGUUCAAUUUAAUCAAUAAUUUUGGUAAUUAUACACUUUCACGGUCACCUGGUUUUUUGGCUCUAGAAAAUCGAAAAAUGGAUGGAUUUAUAUAUGUAUAUGUAAUUAUACACAUUUUUCGAUUUUCGAGCCAACCUAACCUAACCAAAAAACCAGGUGACCGCGAAAGUAUAUAAUUACCCUUUGGGUUAGGUUUUUUAUGUUGGUUUUUUGGUUAGGUUAGGUUAGGUUAGGUUAGGUUAGGUCACAUAGUAGCAAUGAUUUUUCGCAUUCAGCAACUCGCAUAUUCUUAGAUGACUUGAUAAGAAAUUCUUGCAUGGAAAAAAAUGAUGUUGAAAAUGGUGUGCGACAAUUUUUUGCAUCUAAACCUAAAGAAAAGUUUGGUAAUUAUACACUUUCACGGUCACCUGGUUUUUUGGCUCUAGAAAAUCGAAAAAUGGAUGGAUUUUAAUGAUCUUGGUCUCAAAAUGUUCCAUUUUACGGCGGAUUUAUAAAAAAAUUAGUAGAAAUAGCUGGAAUGAAAAUUUCUCAUAGUUUUACUGUUUUAAAUCGUAAAAAAACGGUUUUGCAAAAUAAUCCUUUACAAAAAAUUAUCUCAUUAUCAGAUAAAGUUCUUAUAUUUUUUUUGUAUUCUACAUAAAUUAAUGAACAAUUUAAAAAAAAUCCAAAAAGAAUGAUUUUUUCAGUUUUUAUAGCUUAAAAUGAAAUCGAUGAAAAACAAUCAAUUUUCGUGAAUAGUUUCGUACUAUAUUCUUCAAUGUUAAUAGUUUGCAUUUAAAGUCAUGAAACUGUAAAAAAUAUUUAUUUUUUUUAAUUUUCGUAUUUUUUUUAUAAACACGCCGUAAAAUGGAACAUUUUGAGACCAAGAUCAUUAAAAUCCAUCCAUUUUUCGAUUUUCUAGACCCAACCUAACCUAACCAAAAAACCAGGUGACCGCGAAAGUGUAUAAUUACCCUUUUUUUUUAAUAGAAUACAUUUUAGGCUGUAAAAUACCGAAAAAUUAACUUUUUUGAAAUUUUUUUUUUCAAAAAAUACUCUUUUUUUUAUGUAAAUUGCGAAAAAAAAUAUACGAACUUGAUUCCACGACGUCAGAAACAGUUACGAAGGAUUAUAUGUAGAAAAUCAUUUUUUUUGCAUUUAAAAUCAUGAAACUGUAAAAAAUAUUUAUUUUUUUUAAUUUUCGUAUUUUUUUAUAAACACGCCGUAAAAUGGAACAUUUUGAGACCAAGAUCAUUAAAAUCCAUCCAUUUUUCGAUUUUCUAGAGCCAACCUAACCUAACCUAACCUAACCAAAAAACCAGGUGACCGCGAAAGUGUAUAAUUACCCUUUUUUUUUAAUAGAAUACAUUUUAGGCUGUAAAAUACCGAAAAAUUAACUCUUUUGAAAUUUUUUUUUUUUUUCAAAAUAUUCAUUUUUUUAUGUAAAUUGCGAAAAAAAAUAUACGAACUUGAUUCCACGACGUCAGAAACAGUUACGAAGGAUUAUAUGUAGAAAAUCAUUUUUUUUGCAUUUAAAGUCAUGAAACUGUAAAAAAUAUUUAUUUUUUUUAAUUUGGUAAUGGCUUGGGUAUAAUUAUUACAUUGUUUCAAAAAAUAAAAACGAAGAAAUCUUAUUUUUGCUAUGAAAUAAUCAAAUCUUAUGCAAAAGACUUUUGACAGUACUCAUUCUAAAGGUUUUCCUAUGUGCUUCUAAAAAGAUCUCUUGAGUUUUUUCCAAAAAUUUCAUCAAUUUCAAGUUAUUUAAGGUUAGAGGUUUUCAAUUUCAACAAGCAAUAACUCAGUUAUUAUUGAAUUUACAGAGGUCUUUAAAAAACGAAUCUCUUUGUUUUUUUAUUGGCUACAUUUUUGUUCUUAAUGAUUUUGCUGAUAAAAUGAAAACUUUCUAAGUUAUUCAUGAAAAACUAUAAAAAAUAUGCGUUUUUUUUUAAAGCAAAAUAAGCAGUUUCAAUCGUUAAAAACUCUAAAAAUAACAACUUUAGAAAAAACUUUGUACUGUAAAAGUUGCUUAGAAUUAGUCAAUCUAUCGACCUACAAGAUUAUUUUGUUGAAAUAAGGUUUUGAAGAAGGUUAUAAAUACUACCUUAAUACCAAUUUUUCAAGAAAAUCGACCUUGAUUAUCAAAAUUUCACGGGAAAUCGGCUGGUACCUGGCCUAAUAUAUUACCGGUUAAAAGUUUAUGCCCACCCUAUAGUUGCUUGAUAGAUAACAAAAAAAACAGUACGAUAGAAUUUCAUACUUAUAUUAUGGACAAAUAAUCUUCGUCGUGGCUCCAUUCGUUUUUCGGGAUAUUCCAAAGAUGUGAGACAAUAAUUUAACCAGUAAAUCAAGAAUUUAAUACAUAAUCAAUUAUUGAAUAAAUUAUCUAUUGUCAGAGGUGGUAGAUUUCAGUGGUUUCUUUAUCGUUUUGAACGAACAAACCAUAGAACUUUAAUUUGUAACGGUCUCUAUUAAGUUUUUCGUAUGACAGCUGUCAAAUGUGUAAUACCAAUUUGUGCAGAGAAAAGCUACAAAUUAACGAUUUUUGUCAAAAUUAUGGAUUUGUAUGUGACAUAUUUCCAUAUUUUAAGAGAUAAAGUCAAUUGUAUCGAUGAUCGUAAAACUUUUAACCUUUUUCGUUACGUGAAAAUAUUUAUAUAUGAUAAUUUAAUUUAUUUUGAGAAACAAAAUUGAAUAUAUCGGUAAAACAAACCAUAGAACUAUAACUUGUAAUAUUAUUUAUUCGUUUUUUGACAGUUUUCAUAUGUUUAAAACCAAUUUGUGCAGACAUAAGUUACAAAUUGGACGAUUUUUGUCAAAAUUAUGGAUUUGUAUGUGACAUGUUUCCAUAUUUUAAGAGAUAAAGUCAAUUAUAUCGAUGAUCCUAAAACUUUUAACCUUUUUCGUUACGUGAAAAUAUUUAUAUAUGAUAAUUUAAUUUAUUUUGAGAAACAAAAUUGAAUAUAUCGGUGAAACAAACCAUAGAUCUAUAACUUGUAAUAUUAUUUAUUCGUUUUUUGACAGUUGUCAUAUAUUUAAAACCAAUUUGUGCAGACAUAAGUUACAAAUUGGACGAUUUCUGUCAAAAUUAUUGAUUUUAACAUAUUUUAAAAAAUAAAGUCAUUUAUAUCGAUGAUCUGAACCAUAAAGCUAAAAGAUUUGUCGUCUAAAUUUGGUUUAAUCGAACAUAACCUCAACCACAAACUUUUGUAAUUUACAACAUUAUGUAAGAAUUCCACGAUCAUGUACUGGAAUUUUACCCCUCAAUCAUUGAGGAAUAUAAUUAAAAAUACUCGAACAUAUUAGGGCAAGUGUAUAGAACUAGAUUAUGGAUUAUUAGGGAAACAAGGAUCUAAAAUAAUGUGUAAUAGUAGAUAUUUUUUAUUACUAAGUUCAUUAUUAAAUUUAAAUUUUUUUAUUAAAUAUCAUUGUUUCGGGGUAUAUUUUUUGUCCACUUGUAGUUUUUUUUAAAAAAAUACAUAAUUUCUAUGGCCCUGGAAGUUUUCGAACUUGCUGUAACUUGGUUCUUGAUAAUAAAUUUGGAAUAGACAAUCAAAAUUAUUUGCUUGUACACAUAAUUAAUGAUAAAAUUUAGAUGUUUCACCUUGUAUAUACGGUUAUAAGUAGAAUUAACCAUACACGCAUACUUGAAACCCUAAUUACUACCGGGUUUAUCCAACUUUUAAAUAAAUGUUUUUAAAAUUAAAUUUGACUAAUGAACUGAAUAUUCGGGUCAUAAUUUAUUUAUAUCUGUCUGUAAACAUGAUAUAUUUCAAUAAAAAUAUGAAAAAAAAUCACAA